AAAAACAUUAACGAUGGCGACACACGAACGGAGAAGGUCUGAUAAUGCUGCAGCUGGGUGGCCCAACUACAAAAUGACUAGAGCACCAAAUACUCACGCAUCCCUAACUCUUGAAAGAACAAUUAACUUGUACCCUCUGAACAACUACACGUUUGGUACAAAGGAACCUUUAUAUGAAAAAGACAGCUCAGUUCCUGCAAGGUUUCAAAGGAUGAGAGAAGAGUUUGAUAAGAUUGGGAUGAGGCGCUCCGUGGAGGGUGUGUUGAUUGUGUAUGAGCAUGGACUUCCUCAUGUUCUACUUCUGCAGCUGGGUACAACCUUUUUUAAACUGCCUGGGGGAGAACUGAAUGCAGGUGAGGACCAAGUUGAAGGACUCAAGCGGCUUCUAACAGAGACUCUGGGAAGACAGGAUGGAGCACCAAUGGAUUGGGUCAUUGAGGACACAAUAGGGAACUGGUGGCGGCCUAACUUUGAGCCUUCACAGUACCCCUAUAUCCCAGCACACAUCACUAAACCCAAAGAGCACAAACGUUUGUUUCUUGUACAGCUGCCAGAAAAAGCCCUGUUUGCUGUCCCACGUAACUACAAACUUGUGGCAGCACCUUUAUUUGAACUGUACGACAACGCAGCUGGUUAUGGUCCUAUAAUUUCAAGUCUGCCACAGGCAUUGGCCAGGUUCAACUUUGUAUAUAAAUAAGAUGGCAGUAAUUCACCUUGGAAAAGGUGAGAUCUGUUGUACAUAGUCCACACCAUCAGCCAUCACAUCACCGGGACAACUGCAUGUUUCAACAUUUGAAACAGGUCUUGUUUACACGCUGUUUGAAAGUUUGACUCAAAAUGUUGCUGUUGCAUCUGUUUAGUACUAGGAUUGUGUUGUUUUUAGUUUGGUCAAGUUCUCUCUGUUAGGGCUACAAGGACUGGAAGGUCUGAGUAGCAAAAAGUUGCAUUCAACAUCUGACUGUUGCUGGUGUUUGAAGGGUGCUGCUUCUGACGGUUUGAUCUGUUCAGGAAGAUCUUAGCAACCACUCUUUUAACUGGUAGAUCAAAAUUGAUUGUUUGAUUGUUUCAAUGUUGUAAAAACACAGUACGAAUAAAAAACAAUUUGUCUUUUUA